AUUUGUUUUAAGUUAAAGCCCCUCAAAACAAAGCCCUGCUCAGUCUCACUCACAUUGCACUCACUCCACCUACUAAGCGACGUCGUUGGGAGGCGUAAUAAUGUCGAUGACGAUGGUUAUGGAGGAAGAUGAAGAAGACGUAGAAAUAGAGCACGUGUUUAUUGCUCAUGAAAUUGACCUCGAUUACGAGUUCGACGCUGCAAGGUUCUUCGAUUUCACUCGCCCGGAGACUCCCUCGGAAGCUCACGAAGCCCAACUCUGGUUUCAAAAUGCCGCUGGUUACCCUCCUUCGCCUUUUGUGAGAAGGCUGCUAGUGGCGAGAGAGGAUUUGUUCUUGGAAGAUGUUAGCGAUUCGCCCAAGUCCGAACACGUGGAAUGCGCGAGUAAUGUUGUGGAUGAUGAAAAAUCUAGUGUUCCGUUAGGGAUUGGAUUUUCGGACACGGCUUUUGAGAAUUGUGGUCCAAAAACACUUGGUGAAAAUAUCUCUGGCUUGUUGGCUGGAAUUCAACAAAAUGAUGGUACAAGGUCCCUACAAGUACCUACAGGACUUACCUUUGGCAGUAAGACAAUCAGCAACAAUUUGAAUUCUAAGGCUAAGUCUGCUGUACCAAAGAGUUCAACACUAAUGAAACCUACUGCUAGUCAAUUGGCCAAGCAAAAUCGCCCUUCUAAAAACAUCGGUUCAAGAUUUCAGAAGCUACUAACUCGGAAUGAACAUAAUUUAUCUAUCUCUUCUGGGGUAGAAAGUCAAGCUGCCAAGCGGCAAAAAUUAGAGGGCGGUCUCUUGUGUAAGGUUUCUGAUGUGAAGCAGCAAACCAAUUUUUUCCACAAGGCACCAAUGAUGGCUGUCGCUGUUGAGCAAAACUCUGCAUGUUCGAAGCUGAAGCUUACUAAUCCAAGGGAGCCUGACCUUAGAACAGCACGUAGAGGACAAAGGAUAAGACCCAAAAAUGUUAGAGAGGCAGAGCAUGUGACAGUUCCGGCUCCCAGAUUCAAAGCUCGCCCAUUAAAUAGGAAGAUUCUUGAGGCUCCUUCAUUGCUACCUCACAAAAGGAGCACUCCAAGAUUGCCUGAAUUUCAAGAAUUUCACUUGAAGACUUUGGAGAGGGCAAUGCAACACACAUCUGCUAUGUCAUCUUCACUUCACUAUGAUGAUUCUGAUAAGGGUUGGGACAAGCAUACUACUGUUUCUGCUUUAGAAAAUAGAAUCAAGGAUUUAAGAAGACCUGCUGCUGCUGCUGCUGCACCAACUGAUGAUGGAUUGGGUUUUACUCAUAUUUUUAAAGCUCAGUCUCUUAAUAAGAAGAUACUUCCAAGUAAAGGAAAUGGUGGUGUUUUCCAUAACAGCAAACAUGAAACAACAGUCCCAAUGGAAUCUGAUUUGCAGACUGAAAAGGAGGUUCAGCAUGACCCCCCAAUUGAACUCUUCAGCAAGUUGUCUCUGACAUCUGAAGGCCAGCCAAACAAUGGAUCUCAUUUCAAACUGCCUCAGCAUUCUGGGAUGUGUAGAAAGGAGAAGGCUUUUAUGUUAAGGGCAAACCAAACUUCUCGAGGGAAUGGCAGUUGCAUCAGUUUGAUGGGUGCAAGGAGGAGCUGGGGAAUUCGGUGACAAAAAAACGAGGGAAAAUGUGCAACCUGCUUAGUUAUGGACAUCAGACUUGAAUUUUUGCUGCUGCUGACAUGAAGAUUGACGGUACAUAGUUGAAUCAGACAGUCUCCUAACAACUCUAUGCGGAUGAUAGAUGUAUAUUUUUUACUGUACACAGAAUCUUACAUUUUUUUUUUCUUGUGUUUAGUAAAGAGGGGAAGGAGAGAAAUAAAGAAGAAAUAGGAUGGAUCCCAAGUGGGUCUCACACUUUCUAUACUCUUGUAAUUCAAAUAUUUCUCAUCUAUUUUCAUCCUCUCAACCAAACACAUUAUUAGAGAUGAACAAGUCCUAGGUGCACAGCUGUAUCUUCUAUUAACUUACCCUGAUAAUUCAAAAAAAUAUAUCAUUUAAGGCGA